AUGUCAAAACUAGUCCCUAUUGCCAGUCCUGGGCUACACACAAGUAACUAUGAAGGGACAAGAGAAAAAGAGCACCCGCUAUCUACAAACGAUAGCAAGGAAGAUUACGUGACUGGCAUCGACGCCAUCUCUAACGAGUCCAAGAAGCGGAGCGGGCACUUACCUUUGCAAGCUUACAUACACUACGCUGAAAUCCAGCGUCAAUAUGAGAAAGCAGACGACAGCGAAGGUUUAUAUGCUCUACAGCAGGAACAGAUGACCACUGACCCUAACAGCAACAUCUCGACUGCAAAGCUCAACACACAUCGAACGCUGCGCAUAGCGAAAGUCUAUUCGGUUUUCUUUUUGAUCACUACAGACAUUUUAGGCCCAACAAAUGCUCCCUAUGCCGUUGCCCAGAUGGGCUGGGCACCUGGUGUUAUUCUUUACGUUCUUUUUGGUGUCUUCGCUGCGUUGGGCGGCUGGCUGCUCAACCGUUGCUAUUGCAAAGUCGACUCGAACAAUUAUCCGAUCCGCACAUUCUCCGACCUUGCUGGUCGAAUUGUAGCUCCUUGGUUCAAGUACCCUUUUGCAAUUUUACAGUUUAUCCAAAUGAUACUGAACUGUGGAGUGUUACUUCUUGGUACUGCUCAAGCAGUGUCACAGAUGCAGAUUGUCACCAGGGGCCACGAUGGACUUUGCUUCACGGUUGAUAUUUUAGUGUGGGGCAUCCUGUGUAUGAUUCUAGGGCAAAUAAAGUCCCUUGGCAAGUUUGCUUAUAUCGCAAACUCCGCAGUAUGGAUGAACAUUGCAAUCUGCAUAAUCACAAUGGUGGGUGUUGCUGUGGGCGGUCCUUAUUACGGUAUUUUUCAACAGUAUGGGCAGGGACCUCCAUAUUUUAAGACUGGAACGUUUGACCCGCUGCCCAUAGUACAGUACGCUGUCGCUCCGGGCACUAUUAGUGAUCGUAUUUCAGGCAUGAACAAUAUGGUUUUUGCUUGGGGCGGUGCCACGAUUUUUUGCGAGGUGAUGGCAGAAAUGAAACGGCCAAUGGACUUUUGGAAGGGCAUGAUCUGCGCACAAAUACUCAUUUUGGUGGUCUACCUCUUCUAUGGACUUUUCGUGUAUGGAUAUGAUGGACAGUUUAGUUACGUUACUGCAAAUCAAGGUAUUGGAUCCAUUGGCUUGCAGAAUGCUGGUAAUGUGUUGAACAUUAUAACACAAAUCAUCGCAGCAGUGCUCUACGGAAACGUUGGUGUCAAAGUUUUCUACCAAGGCUUUUUGGUCUCUAAUUUUAAGUUUCCCAGUCUUGACUCACGCAAGGGCACGCUCGCUUGGGGAAGCUUUGUCGUUAUCUAUUGGGCAGUCGCUUAUAUUAUUGGUACUGCCAUCCCAUCUGUUAGCGCGUUGGUAUCGAUCAUUGGUGCAUUUUGCAUUUUCAACUUUUCUUACACAUUCCCGUUUCUCUUCGCUUUUUGCUUGUUAUGCCGCCAGGAUGCGGGAUUGACUGACCGCUUCGACCCUUUGACGCUCACCGUUGAGAAAGCUGACUCAUAUUGGAGUGGUUUGUCGCGCUGGAAGCGCGCUUUAGGACAAGGAGGCAUUAAGCGCUCUUUGAUCAAAAUUUCACUAUUAUUACUUUGCCUUGCCUCGCUUGCUACCUGUGGUUUGUGCUCCUAUUCAGCAAUUGAGGGGGCGAUUGCAGCUUAUCAAACAAAUUUCGCGCAACCGUUUACGUGUGCUUCUCCUGUCGCUUAA